GACUUUGGAUUACAUAUAUGCAUUUCCAUUUCUUAUCAAUUGUCAGUUCUCACAGGAUAAUACUGGAACUCAUCAACAGAGGGGGCCAAAGCAGAGGAAUCCAAAAAUGGAUUUGAGCCCAACAAGCAAGAAGAACAAAAAGGCUGCAAACCAGUCGAUGCUACUGUGCUGUAAACUCUUCGUCUCUGAAUCUCGUAACCUUGCAGCUCUUGAUUCCAUAGAACAAGCUGCCAGGCUUCAUUCUGAAACAGCCAUCAUUAGCAAAUUCUAUGACGGAGCUUACAAUAGGGCCCGCUUCACUCUUGUAUCCUAUGUUGUUCUUGACAGCACAGGGAAUGCCAUCUAUAGCCCUUUGCAGCAAACAGUGCUAGAUAUGGUUCAGGCAGCUUAUGCAGCUAUUAACCUUGAGUCCCACUCUGGGGCUCACCCUCGACUUGGCGUGGUUGACGACAUUCUUUUCCAUCCGCUCGCUCGGGCAUCGUUGGAUGAGGCGGCUUGGCUAGCUAAGGCUGUGGCAGCUGACAUUGGCAGCAGAUUCCAAGUGCCAGUAUUUCUUUACUCUGCAGCGCACCCAACAGGCAAGGCUUUGGACACCAUAAGACGAGAGCUUGGAUACUACCGGCCCAAUUUCAUGGGUAAUCAGUGGGCUGGAUGGGCCAUGCCUGAGAUCCUCCCUGAAAAGCCCGAUGAAGGCCCAAACCAAUUGUCUCGGGCCAGAGGCAUUUCGAUGAUUGGGGCGCGUCCAUGGGUCGCAAUGUACAACAUACCCAUCUUGUCCACAGAUGUCUCGGCGGCCCGAAGGAUUGCACGAAUGGUUAGUGGUCGUGGGGGUGGGCUUCCGACAGUGCAGACACUGGGCCUGGUCCACGGUGAGGACUCAACUGAGAUAACUUGCAUGCUUUUGGAGCCCAACCAGAUUGGAGCUGAUAGGGUCCAGAACCGUGUCGAGCUGCUGGCGGCCCAAGAAGGGUUUGAUGUAGAGAAGGGCUAUUUUACUGAUUUGUCACCAGAGAUGAUUGUUGAGAAGUAUAUGAAUUUAACUUCUCAAGGAUGAUUCAGUCAUGUCUCUAAGACUUCUAACAUUCUUCAUCAUUUGAGCUUGAUCUUGAUACAAAAAAUAAAGUUCGACCUUUCUAGUAUUUUUCUUUA